UUAUAUAUUAUUUCCCUUUGUAAUAGAUAUAGUAUCGGAAAAACAACCUAGUCACGGGGAAUUUUGCACGCACCUGUGUGACGUCAUGAGCUGCGAAGGGGCACGGGAGGCGAGUGACUGACGGGCUAGGAGAGAGCACACGUCACAGCUCUUAGUGCAACGGACGUUCUUCGAAGGGAGUGUUAUGCUUUCCUUCGAGCGAGGUAAAAUCCCGGGGAUUUCGGCUUAAAGAACGGAAAUAAGACUGGAGUAAAUUUGCGUGAGAACUCGUGUAGCAGCCACGGAGAACCUCUGAACUACUGGUGUCGAGAGUGCCAACAGCUGCUAUGUGGCUGCUGCAUCCUCAAACUACAUCUCAAAGACGGCCACGACGUAGUACACACGAGCGACUUCAUCACAGAGAAGAAAAAGGACAUCAAGAAACAAGCCAAACGACUCAGCCAGGUUCUCACGGAGAGCAAGGAAAGCGUUAUCCAAAAGUUCCAUCUUUGCGUCAUGAAGAUCGUCGAGCUGUGCGGGGAGAGCGAGAACAUUCUCACCAAAGACGAAGAACUCCAGAAAAUCUCCUCGGAAGCGAAGACGUUCAACGAAGUCGAGUCCAUCCUCGUGUCCGAGACGAGGCUGCAGAGUCUCCAACAAGCCCGUGUCGGGGAAGCUCUGCCGACCUCGACUGGCGACGCCCCUCGCCCAGGAAGAACCAGGGAGUACCUCGAAGUUCCCGACGGCGACCGGACGCUCGACGAGGAAUGCUCGCAGGGGCAAUACCCCGUUCUCGAUAUUCAAGACGACAAAGGUCCAUCUCCCAAACAUUUGGAACCAAAACCCACUGGGGAAUUAGGUGCACAUGAAUAUCAGCUUACAACAUCUACCUCUUUAUCGAACCAGUUACCUUGGCCGCUGAAGUGCUGCGUUGUUGCCAAGGACGGACGUCAGACCACGAUGCAGCGGGAAGAUGGUCUGGUGCUCGUGGGCGCCCUCUCGCUCAACACGCAUGACGCGCAUGUCACUGUACAGAUGGCUGUAGUGGAGUCGAUGGUCCACCCGGAGCACCCGCAGGUAUUCCUGGAGCUGCACGCCGGGGAGAGAUACCUGGGCAGACUCGUUAUUCGCCUCUGGGGCCGCCUGCGUCGCGCCCAGCACUUCAAGGCCCUCUGCCUCGCCUCCUUCGGCCCGUCCUACACGGGGUCGCGACUGGAAUACGUAGGGAACAAGAACCAGCCCGGGGAAUUCAUCGUCGGGGGAGGAUACCUGGACCAGGACUCGAAGCGGAGCUCGCGGGGUCUCAUGGACGACCUCGAGUGGGGGGGCCAGUUUGCCGGGGAGGACGCCGAAGGACUCCUACAGGGCGCGGGGGGCGGUCACCGAGAGUACGACGCACUCUUCUGUAUCUGCAGCAGGACCGACGUGGCGGGGAAAUCCCAGUGUCCUUUCGGAGAAGUCGUUUCUGGGAUGGAGGUGGUGAGGGCGGCCGCGCAACACGAGCCCAUCGCCGACGUCAGAAUCAGUCGGAGCGGCAUAGUGCUUCCGGAGUCUCAGCCAGGAAAGAUGAACGGCAUGAUCCGGACGUUGCUGCUGCUGGGCCUGGUCCUGGUCGGGACGCAGGCGGACGAGUGCUCCCUGACACCUGUCAUUCACAUCCUGUCAUAUCCCGGCUGCAACUCGAAGCCCAUCCCCUCCUUUGCAUGCCAAGGGAGGUGCACGUCGUAUGUCCAGGUAUCCGGCAGCAAGAUCUGGCAAACGGAGCGAUCGUGCAUGUGUUGUCAGGAGUCUGGCGAAAGGGAAGCAUCGGUUACUCUCAACUGUCCUAAGGCACGACCCGGGGAACCAAGAAUGAGGAAGAUUCUCACACGAGCGCCCAUUGACUGCAUGUGCCGACCCUGCACCGACGUGGAGGAGGGCACGGUGCUGGCGCAGGAGAUCGCCAACUUCAUCGAGGAUUCGCCCAUGGAGAACGUCCCCUUCCUGAAGUAAUGACCACCACACCCAUGGAAACUCUCCCCGUUGCCGACCUGUGAUUUCGAAGGACAUAGAACCUUGUUUUUACUUUCGUAGCUCUCUUUUAAAAGACUUAUGUAAGCAUGUGAUCAAGAAAGGAAGGACACGUUUUUCUGUAAAUUAAUAAUCCAAUGAAUGUUUCUACCUCCUCUUUACCAGUGUGUGUUACUCCGAUUUACAGUGUGGAAAUCAUCCGACAUAACACCAGGAUGGAACAAUACUCGCUCUCUCAGAAUUUGCUUUUAAGAGUGUACUUCAGUGCCUUUGAAAUACAUAACACAUAAGUUUGCUUUGGGAUGAUUCUCUUUACAUCAAAGGACAUGAUAUAGUAUUUUUGAAAUACUGAAGUUCCCCCAAUGGUGAAACAGUGAAUAAAUCUCUCAACUUAGACCAGUGAAAGAGUGCGAUAUGAUUUAUUAAAAUCGUUUUUCCAACAACUGUGAAUUAACAGAGGUGUUUGUCUGUAGUGCAUUGCUCGUAAUCCGGAACAUUUAGCUGUUGACGAUAUAGUGACAGCUGCCCAAGAGAAAUGAUAAUCGAUGGUUAAGUAAUUUGCCCAAUAGACCAUAGUUGUCUGUCUGUUUUAUCACUAAUCACUGUGAACAUUGAAGAGCAGAACAUGAUAUAGAUUGUUGUCAUUUAGUAUGAAAUGAGUGUUAUAUAUAAAUAUAUUUAUGUGUAUCCUUUUUCUAUGGAAUGUUGAUCGGUAGUCACAGAAUAUAAUAUAAUUUACA